CGACGUGUCGGCCUGAUACGAAGCGUGUGAAACGACGUCGCAAGAAAACUGUCGCUCCGGGUCCUUUUGGGAACUGCCGCUGCCCCGGUUGCUACCCAGAACUCCGGUACGUCGCUAGGGUUCGCAGAAGCAUUAAUUUUAUGCCUCGAAUUGCUGUUCCGAUUCUCGCAGUCGUAAAUGGAAAGCGCUGACCCCGAUGAGCCUGAUAAGAAGAGGCCUCAUUUGAGCUCACUUACCCCCGUUAUGGCUCGCAACUCCACCACUUCACAACCACAUAACAACAACAGCGUUGAUGCAACCGUCCUUCAUUUCCAGAAUCAAAAACUUGUCCAGGAGACUGACUCUCAAAAGCACGGGUUGCAAGAUCUUGAAACCAAAAUUUAUCAAUUGAAGGAAAAGCAGAGUUCUUAUGAUGACUCAUUGAUUGUCAUCAACCAACUCUGGAAUCAGUUGAUUGAUGAUUUAGUUUUUCUUGGACUACAAGCUGGAGGAGGCAGAGAGGUCUUACAAAAUUUAGGACAAGCUGGCCAUUCUCAAGGUUCAAUUCCUUCAUGUCCUGCGGAGGAUAUGUUUCUUUGUAGAUUGCUACUGAGGGAUUCUAUUGAAGUCAGACGCGAUGGACAAAUUGUCAACUAUGUAAAAGAAGCUCUCACUUCGCGUCAUGCAUCCACCAUGGAGUUGUUUAAAUUCUUGGAGGAUAUUCUCGAUACUGAAAGGGAAAAAACUGCAAACAUAGUUUCUGCUUGGAAUGUGGAACAAUCAUCAGAAGAUGCUAUCAUUCAAUUGUCAAAGAUGGAUGAGAUGAUGAAAGAGGAGGCUUCCAAUCUACGAGAGAUGAUUGAAUUUCUCCACUUGAAGCAUAAAGAAUAUGCUGAUGAGAUUCAAACUUAUGUUCACAGUCAUUUGAUGGAUCAAACAGAGAUUAAACGCCUUUCAGAGGAGCUAGAUGAGAGUAUGGCUGAACUUGAAGAAUGUAGAAGAAAACUUGUUAGUCUUAUGAUGCAAAAAGAUGUUACCAUUGCAAUGCAUGCUCCCAACUUGGGCGUGGUGAAUGGAAAUUUAUCACCUGAAAAACCUGCAGAGAGAACUAUAGGAUUUCGGGAAUUAAAGGAUUCCAUUGAGGAAACUAAGAUACUGGCUGCUGAUCGUUUGUCUGAGCUUCAAGAUGCCUGGGAAGAUAAUGUAACCUUGUCAAAUCAACUGCAAGAUCUUGAGAAUGAUUUGAAGGAUGAAAAGUAUGUACAUUCAUCGCGUUUAUACAUUUUACUGAGUGACCAACUCCAACAUUUGACUGCUGAAGUGGAGCGUUAUAAAUCACUGACCGAAACUUUGCAGACUGACAGGUCUCAUGUCAUGAGAAGGGAGAAAGACUUGAAUGCCAAAUUGGAGUCUGUAGAUGUUGCAAGGAGCUCCGUUGACAAUAACUAUUCUCGGAUUGAGGAGCUAGAGCAUCAGCUACAAAAAAUAUUGGUGGAAAAAAAUGACUUAGAAAUUGAAAUGGAAGAGGCAGUUCAAGAUUCUGCAAGAGAGGAUAUCAAAGGAGAAUUUCAUGUAAUGGCUUCAGCUUUGUCUAAAGAAAUGGGGAUGAUGGAAUCUCAGCUAAAACGUUGGAAAGAGACAGCUCAUGAAGCAGUGUCUAUACGUGAGAAAGUCCAGGCACUUGAGACUUUGUUAACUGUGAAGACAAAAGAGAAAAAGAGUUUGACAGACAUAUGUGCUCAACAAACGAUGGAGAUAAAAUCCCUCAAGUCGUUGGUUGAGAAGUUGCUAGAGGACAAACUUGAGCUGGAAUUAUUUCUAGACAUGUACGGGCAGGAAACUUAUGAUGAAAGAGAUUUGGUGGAGAUCAAAGAAUCAGAACGCCGAGCUUGCUCUCAGGCUGACGUUUUAAGAAGUGCUUUGGAUGAGCAUAGCCUUGAAUUGAGAGUGAAAGCUGCGAAUGAAACUGAAGCUGCUUGUCAACAACGGCUUUCUGCUGCUGAAAUUGAAAUAGCAGAGUUAAGAUCCAACCUUGAUUCCGUAGAGAGGGAUAUCUUAGAGCUUACUGAGGCCAUAAAAAUUAAAGAUGGGGAGGCAGAGGCUUAUAUAUCAGAAAUAGAGACUAUUGGUCAAGCGUACGAAGAUAUGCAGACACAGAAUCAGCAUUUAUUACAGCAGGUGACGGAGAGGGAUGAUCUUAAUAUUAAGUUAGUUUCAGAAAGUGUAAAGUCAAAGCAAGUUCAGAGCCUUUUACAAUCUGAAAAGCAGGCCUUGGGAAAACAACUUCAACAAAUUAAUGCCUCCCUCGAAUCUCUCAGAACUAAGAUUGCUCUUACUGAAGAUCAGAUGAAGGCCAGUCUGACUGAAGUAAUUAGAUCUACCCGAGAAGAAAGACAUCUUACCAUUAGCCUUGAAAUUGCAAAGUGGGAGCUAGCUGAUGCUGAGAAGGAAUUGAAGUGGCUCAAGACGGCAGUUUCUUCUUCUGAGAAGGAGUAUGAGCAAACACAGCAGCAGAUAACUGAUAUUGAAGUAGAAUUGGAGAGCGAAAGAAGUUCGAGGGAGAAACUCGAGGAAGAGUUAAAGGAAUUGAAUAGUAAGGUGGUCAAGUUGACUUCUGAAACUGGAGAGGCUGCUAUAAAGAAAUUGCAGGAUGAAAUUAAUGCAUGUAAAACUAUUCUGAAGUGCAGUAUUUGUAAUGAUCAUCCAAAGGAGGUUGUAAUUGUGAAGUGUUAUCAUCUAUUCUGCAGUUCAUGCAUUCAACAAAGAAUUGAACGCCGGAAUCGCAAGUGCCCUGCUUGUGGUACUGCAUUUGGUCAAAAUGAUGUUAGGGCCGUAAAGAUAUGAAUUUGAACAAGUUGAAUGGAUGUGAUUAGAGAGCUUUUUCUUGUUUUUCCACUCUGGUGGCUACGUAUUAAUUUUGAAUGGAAAAAUAAUAUAAAAGAAAACCCACAAAAGAAAUGGAAAACUAGUAGAUUCGAUCUUAGGGUACUAAA